CAAACAUCUAUUCAGAGCUCACCACUUCUCCAAUAGCAGCAGCCUCACUUGGGCAGGUGUAUAAGGGUAGAUUAAAAGAAAAUGGGGAUUUGGUUGAUGUUUUCCUCAGGACCAAAAGAUUCAGAGACUAUUCCAAUCUCCUUCAAUUUCACUUCAAUUGCCUUUAGCUGUGGGGUCUGAGGUUAUACAUUGGAAAUUUACCAUUAUAUAUGGAUGAGGUACUAGUGCAAACAACCAAGAGCAGGAGGAUCCGUAUGGUAGAAAGAAAAACCAGAAAAAGAAGUGUUGAUAAACCCAAAACGAAACAUCUUGAAGCAAGGCAUACAAUGGACCGUAAAGAAAAGAAAAAGAGAAGUGUGACAUUGAUCAGAGAUCAUUCCAAAGAAUAUCUAUCAAAUUUAACAGUUGAGUUUGAUCAAUUCGGUAGAGCUAUUGGACCUAACCGCUUUAAGUUCACCAGUUAUCGUGGAGUGACUACGAGGAAGAUGAUUUCUAUCCUUAUAGAUAGUUGGGAUUUAGUGGAUCAAUGUGACAAGGAUCAAUUGUGGUUGAACAUAAAGAAUUAUUGGCAUAUACGAGAUGAUAAUCAUAAAGCACAAGUACUUAGAGAUUGCAACACGCAAUGGAAGGCCUACAAGUCGGCGCUUCUUAAGUUGUGGGAAAAAGGUGUCAAUCCAGUAAAAGAAUACUCGUACCUUGACAAAGCAAUGUGGAAAAAGUUUAUUGUUCUAAAAUCCACAGAAGAAUUUGAGGAAUUAAGAAGAAAAGGAAGGGAGGCAGCAAAUAAAAACAAGAACCAUCCUUGGUUGGGCCCAAGCGGGUAUCGUGGUAAUGAAAGCAAAUGGGAUGAAGAGGCAACAUCUGGUGUAACAAUAAAAGGCCACAAUAUAUCAAGCAAGCGGGCAAGGAAUUUUCUCUAUGCCAGGAGAAAACGCAAUGCAUCGGGGCAGUUGGUUAUAACGCCAGAGACCGAACCUCUAGUAGAUAAGAUUAUCCAAAAAGAUAUUCUGUUAUCUCAAGGAGUGUUGGAGCUUGGACCUCGAUCUGAUCUACUGGCGGAGGUACUAGGACGGGAACAUUCCGGUCGCACGAGGGCAGUUGGUCAUAAUAUUGGAUUAAAGCAAUCAAUGAUUUAUAAAAGAAAAAAGAAAGAACAUGAGUUACCCGAUGUUGAACAGAUGCAAGAAAAGCUAGAGACGAGGAUGUUGAAUAGCAACUUUUAUGACAAGAUCAAAGAUAGGUUAAUGACUGAGAUGUCGGAACAAUUAGUACCGAUAGUGGUUGCUGCGUUGAAGCAAGAUAAGACAAUUGAUAUGGCGGAAGACACAAAUUUUUCUCGGGUGAAGACGACAAGUGUUGGAUCGAAGACAUCCACGACAUUGUUGGAUGAUUUGCAUAAGAUAACGGAAGCCACCGACUGCGAGUUGAUGCUACCAUAUGGCACAAUACGCCCAUCAUUAGCCAAAGGAACCGUCUUCCCUUUCGGAGAUGGUGUAAUUCAUUCGGUUCCUCUAGAAGCAGGGCAUUUGAGGGUAUCAGUCGAUAUUAUCUAUGGAUAUCAUCAUUCUUUCCUUCUUCCAAUCUCGCCAAUUGAAGGUGUAUAUAAUCUAGGGCAGGCACUUCAUAGUUUUAUUCAAUGGCCUAGAGAUUCAAUUACUCUUAUUAAGAAAGAUAAAAGACCUCUCAUUGAACCAUUAUCAAUGUCGACCCAAGCUGCUCCUAUUCUUCAUGACCAGGAAAAAGAGAAAGAAAACGUGAAUGUUGAAGAAGCUAAGGAGCAUAAGAAGAAAGCAAACAAAAAGCAAGAGUAUGAGAAAAAUCUUCCUAGAAAGAAAAGAAGGAAACUGGAAGCAUCUAAAGAGAUGAUGGGGGAUGAAGCAGAAAAUAGGGUACAAAAGGAAAAGUUAUACAAAACUAUGCAAGAACCCAUGAUGCCAAAGAAACUGUUUAAGAGCCACAACAUUCCGGAGUCGUUUCCUAUUGUGUCUGAACCUGGGAUCUUCAACUCUGCGAGUGUUGAAACCGUGAUUAGCUCAGUGGCCAUUAUGGAGAUGUUGAACAAAGAACAACUUGAUAUUAGUUGUAUUCUCUGGUAUCAAAUAAUGCUACAUUCACUCAUGCUUGUAUCAAGAAUGAAUAACAAAUGUGGUUUUAUAAACCCACAAUGUAUCACGUCUACGAGAUGUGAAUACGAUGAUAGGGGUGAAACAGAUCAUGUCAUCAAUGAUCUUGUUGAUAUGAUGAAUUUUCAUGAGGAAAAACAAUUUUUUCUUGCACCAUAUUGGGAAAGGAGACCUUGGAUGUUGAUAGUGAUUUGUCCUCAUCAGUAUAAAAGCUACAUUUUGGAUUCUGCAAGACAGACAAAGACAUUGAAAGACUACACAAUAGUUGAACAUGUGAAUAAGGCUGUUACAAGGUUUAAAAAAACAAAAACCAACAAAUCACGUUUGUGUCCAAUGACUUGGAUUUUCCCCAAGUGUAAUCAACAAUUGUCCGAUUGGGAGUGUGGUUACUACGUUAUGAACUGGAUGCAUGAGUUUGUACUUUUUCGACAACAUGGAUUUCCGAAAAACAUUUGGAAGGACAAAAAACCAUUUUCUAGUGAGGAAUUGGAGGAACGUGUUAAAACAUGGAUGAGAACUUUUGGUGAUAAAGUGAAGCCUUUUUGUAAGGCAUACAAUGAAUCAACCACAAAGGGGAAAGAGAGGCUAGAGGUGACAAAGGGGAAAGAGAGCUUUGCAGAAAUUGAAAAGUUUGUUUCAGUUGGAAUGGUGAUCCAUGUGUUCCAGAGCAUCCAUGGACUGGAAUUGACUGUUUGGAGUGGAAUUGGUGUAUUAGAUGUGAGACAUCAAGUACGGUUGUUUAUUGGUGUAUUAGAUGUGUAUAUAUGGCGUAUUAGAUGA